AUGGCAGAGGAGAAGGCAAAGGAGGUUGAGAAGGCCGAGGAGCCGAAGGUGGCCGAGCCGGAGGCGAAGGCUGGGAAGGAGGCCCUCGGAUCGGGCGACCCGGAGCCGCCCGCGCAGGACGCCAGCAAAGCGCCCGAGGGGGACAAGGCGGCGGAGAAAGAGCCGGAGAAGGAGCCACAGAAGGGCACGGAGAAGGAGCCCGAGAAGGGCGCGGAGAAGGAGGAGGGCGGCGGGGAGAAGGGCGGCGAGGGCGACGGCGCCAGCGGCGAGAAGGAGAAGGAGGGGGAGGCCGAGGACGGCGACGGUGCCGAGCAGCUCGACAAGCUGAACAUGUCUCUCGACGAGCUGAUCCAGUCAGACCCGCCCAGGGGCGAGAAGCGAGGCGGCAAGGGCGGCGGCUCCAAGGGCGGCAAGGGCGGCAAGCAGGGCUGGGGCGGCAAGUCGAAGGACUACGGCGGCGGCGGAUGGGGCGGCUCCGGCGGCGGCGGAUACCAGAAGUCUUCUUGGAAGGACAAGGACGACGGCAACGACUGGGGCGGCGGCAAGAGCAAGAAGGCGGACUGGGGCGACGCGCCCAGCUGGAGGGACGGCGCCAAGGACAAGUGGGGCGGCGGAGGUGGAGGCGGCGGUGGUGGCGGCUCGUGGGGAGCCAGCAAGAAGUCCUGGGGCGACGACUCCUAUGGCAGCAAGCCCGCCGCGAAGUCCUGGGACUACGACAAGUCCGGCGGCUACGGUGGCAAGUCCUACGACUCGUACAGCAAGCCGUCGUACGACAAGAGCUCCUACGAGAAGACUUCAUACGACAGGGGAUCGUACAGCAAAGCCUCAUACGACAAGGGCGGUGGUUUCGACAAGGGCGGCUACGACCGUGGCUCAGGCUACGAGAAGAGGCGCGACGACGGGCGCGACGCAGGCGGCCGUGGCUACGACAAGGGAAGCGGCGCGAAGGCUGGCGACGACCGAGGCGGCUACGACGAGCGCGACCGGGGCGGCACCUACGGCAGAAGCGGUGGCUAUGCGAAGGACCCGCCGCCUCGCUACGCCGACCGCGACGACGGCCGCGACCGCGACCGCCGGAGGGAGCCGCCGCCCUCGGCCCCGAGCCGCCGCCGCGCGCCCGCGGACGACGAGCCGCAGGAGGGCCACACCGUGGUCGUGGCAGGCAUCCAGGGCCUGCGCCUGGACAAGCGCGACCUGGAGCGGGCGUUCAGCACCGUGGGGGACGUCGCGGGGGCCACCCUGGGCUCGAGCUCGGCGAAGAUCACGUUCACCUCGCGCUCGGCGGCGCAGGAGGCCGUGCGCCGCUUCAACGGCGGCCAGCUCAACGACUGCACCAUUGAUGUCUAUCUAGAGGGGUUCCUGCUCAUUGAGGCCACGUUGGAGUCGAGGCCCCUGUCUGUGCAAGGCCCGGAGCUUGCCGGCUCGCGCUCGUGGCACAGGUCAGGAUCUAUGGCAAUAUUCGAGAUCAAGAUGACCAACUACAACAUACCCACCGACGAGCACAAGACUGAGGAACGAAAGGCCCAGGCACUCCGCCACAGCCAGCGGACUGCGAUCACCGUCAGCGUGCCCGUCGCCAGACCGGCACACAAACAUAUCACGGGCGACCUCGUCAUCAACAGGGUGCCUCCCAUCAAGGGUGAGGGCGACGAGCUGAGGCUGGCGUUGCCACCGGGGCAACCGCCAGAGAUGGCCAACGAGGUAAUCGACGUCACCCCGCCAAAGAGGAUCCAAAUGGUGCGAUGCCAGGACAAGUACAACAACGACACGGAAUCGCACAGGAGCACCGUACUCUCCAUCUACCAGCCCAGCCACCAGGACCCCGCAUCGUUUCUAACAGAUGAAGCUCGGACGGGACGGCUGCAGACCGCUCGCGUCGUUCAGGACAUCGCGAGAGACAUGUUCACGGGUCACGUCGACACGAGCAUGAUAUUGACGCAGUUACGGGACAUCCAGGACGGAGUGGACGAGCUACGCGCCGCUGGCGGCCGCCCAGGCCCCUUCGACGACGCCACUGCGCCGACCCCGACCGACCGGAGAGCGGUGGGCAGGAACUGCGGCUCGAGAUGGCGCACAGAAGGGGUGCCCGAUCUGCGGCACGCGUAA